AUGAAAGCCAUCAUUGCUGUGCCUGCUAUCGCAGGUCUCCUUUAUCGUGCCUGGUCCCACAAAACGUUGACUCCUCUCGGUCUGGUGGCUGCCGGGCUGACAGCUUCAGCCCACGCCCUCCACCCAUGGUCCACCCCAUUCGUUCUCCUGGCUGUUUUCUACCUCGGUGGUAGCCGAGUAACCAAGGUCAAACACGACAUCAAAUCCCGCUUGACCCUCUCCGCGACCGGCUCCGAGGGCGGCGAAGGCCCUCGCACCCACGUCCAAGUCCUCGCCAACUCCAUCGUCGCCUCGGUGUUGAUCCUCGCCUAUACCUACGUCCUUGCCAAGAAGUCUGCUACUGGCGGCUACAACGCCGCCCAGUGUUUCUCGAACGGUCAUGAUGUUGCGGACGUGCUGAUGAUCGGGAUCGUCGCCAACUACGCCGCCGUCGCCGCGGAUACCUUCUCCUCCGAGCUCGGCAUUCUCUCCAAGUCGAAACCGCGCCUGAUCACCUCGCCCACCUUCCGCGUUGUCCCUCCCGGUACAAAUGGCGGUGUGACAGGGACCGGCCUCUUGGCGGGCAUGUUGGGUGCGUUUACGAUCGCGCUGUCUUCGGCGGCGUUUCUGCCGUUCUGCACGGAAACCCCUAAGAGUCGCGCGGGAUGGGUUGUGGCUGUUACGGUCUGGGGAACCCUGGGGAGUGUGCUGGACAGUGUGCUGGGUGGGUUGUUUCAAGCUAGUGUUGUGGAUAAACGCACGGGGAAGAUAGUAGAAGGGUCUGGUGGGAAGAAGGUCCUGAUUCACCCUUCCUCGACGAAACCUGGCGUGCCAGCCAACACCGCGGGACUUACCCCGGCGCAUGGUGUCAGUGGUGGUGCGCAGCUGCGGGCAACUGAAGAUAUUGCCAAUACGGCGACGCUCAGAGGGAGCAAAGCCAGUAAGACCCCGGUCGGGACAAGCACGCAAGAGCAUGACGAGGACCAUCGUGAGAGCCGGCGGGUGGAGAGCGGACAUGAUAUCCUGGACAAUAAUGCGGUGAAUGUGUUGAUGGCGUUGAUCAUGAGUGUCGGCGCUAUGGGCGUUGCGAGCUGGGCUUGGGGCUUGGAUGUUAGGGAAUUGGCUGUGUGGUGA